AUGAAAAUUCGUUUGGCCACUGUUUCCGAUGCAGAAGCAAUUACACGUGUUCAUUACAAUGCCGUCCACGGAGUAAAACCUGCAAAUUUCUAUGCACAGAAUAUUUUACAAAGUUGGGCACCAUCACCAACGGACGAGUAUCGUCUCAAUCAAUUUCGCAGCAUUAUAGAAUGUAACAAAGAACUAGUCGUUGUUGCCGAAUUAGACAAUAAGAUAAUCAUAGGAUUCGGAGCAAUUAUUGCUUCUCAACACGAGCUUCGUGCACUUUAUGUUGAUCCAAUGUACGAACAUCAGGGUGUUGGUAGCAAAAUUUUGAAACAUCUUGAAGAAUUAACCUUGGAGCAAGGCGCCGAUAUGUUAAAAUUAGAAGCUACUCUCAGUGCUGAAACAUUUUACAUUCGUCAUGGCUAUUCGAUAAUAGAAUACAGCUUUCAUCCAUUGCGAUCAGGUGAUCAAAUGAAGUGUGUGAAAAUGAGCAAAGAACUACGCAAGCGCUAG